AUGGCUGCUCGCGCCGCCGCCGCCCCGGUCACGGCCCCGGCCACGGACCACAUGUCCUCCCGGCCCGUCGCCUGCCUCCACUGCCGUCAGCGGCGCUCGUACUGCUCCAAGGAGAAGCCGAGCUGCUCGCGGUGCCGCGAUGGCGGGCUGGCGUGCGUGUACGAGGGGGCGAGGAAGAUUCUCGUCAACGAGUCUUAUCUGAGGCAGCUCGAGGCCAAGGCCAAGGCUUUCGACGCCGCGCAGUCGAGUGAGGCCAGUGGCGAUGGCGGCCGAGACCAGGGCGCCGCGCUCGACGGAGACGAGGACUUCGGCGACGAGCAGCCCUUGCUCGAGCCCUUUACCCAGCUCAGCCUCGACCGGCCCUUGACCAGCUUCCAGGGCCCCGCGUCGUCGGACAACUUCCUGCGCAACGCGCGCAAGCUGUCGGGCCGCUACGGCGCCGCCGCCGCCGCCGACAACGACGACGCCGGCCUCGACGACGCCAACCUGUACGAGCCCGACGCGCUGCCCUCGCGCCGGCACACGUACAUGUACAUCGGCACCAUCUUUGCCUUUACCGACCCGGCCGACUCGUUUGAGCGCCUCCUGGCCGCCGCCUAUCACGCCGGCGCCCCGGACCUGCGCGACCGCGACGGCUGCCUCGCCUACGCGAAGCUGCUGCUGGUCCUGGCCUUUGGCCAGCUGUACUCGGUCAACCAGUGGGUCGGCUUCCGCGGGCCCCCCGGCUUCGACUACUUCACCGACGCGCUGAGCCUGCUGCCCGAGUCGCACGAGGCCGGCUCGAUCCUGGGCGUCGAGACGCUGGCGCUGGCGGGCUACUUCAUGCAGAACAUGAACCGGCGCGACGCCGCCUUCCAGUACGUCGGCAGGGCGCUGCGCAUGGCCAUCUCGCUCGGCCUGCACCAGGAGGUCAGCCCGGGGGCCGCCACCGCCGCCGGGGCCGGGGCCGACGAGGCGGCGGCGCGCGAGCACCGGCGCCGCGUGUGGUGGUCCGUCUACAGCCUCGACCGCAUCCUGUGCGCCAAGUCGGGCAACCCCCUGACCAUCCAGGACGACGACAUCGGCGUCGACCAGCCGGCGCCGCUGGCCGGGGCCGACGACGCCGCGUCGUGCCCGGCCGUGAUGCUGCGGCACUACACGCAGCUGUCGCGCAUCCUGGGCCGCAUCCACACCACCAUCUACCGCCGCGCGGCGCCGCGCUCGGGCCGCAGCCUGAUGGCCUCGGUGCAGAGCAUCGUCCUGGCCCUGUCGCGCUGGCACCGCGAGCUGCCGGACCGGCUGCGCUUCGAGCCCGCGCGCCUGCGCUUCAGCCGCGAGAGCGUCGGCGCCCUCGCCCACUACUUCUUCUGCAUCAACAUGACGGUGCGCCCGCUGUUCUUCCACAUCGUCCAGCGCCGCCUGCGCGCCGUCCGCGCCGCCGGGCCCGGCGCGCGCCAGCGGGACUGGAGGGAGGGCCUGUCGCACACGACGGCCAGGGUCAUUGACAUGUGCGUCGGCGCGGCGCAGGACACGGUCAACAUGAUGGUGAUUGCCUCGCAGCGGGACAUGGUUGCGACGUACGGCUACAUGGACGGCGAGCACAUCUUCUCGGCCACCAUUGUGCUCGUCAUGGUCUGCGCGGCAUUCCCAACCACGCCGGCCAACAGCUUGGCCAUGAACGCCGGCCUCAGCCUGCUGCGCAGCAUGGGCGAGCGCGGAAACAGCCACAUGGGCGCACGGCACGAGCUGCUCGUCCACCUGCACGCCAGCCUUGCCGACCAUGACGACCAGCAUCACCGCCAUGACGGCAACAAGACGCCUACCAGCACCAACGACAACAACGACAACACGACUCAGGGCGCCCACCACCAACACAGGGCGUCUUCGCUUCCCUUUCCGCAGACCGCCAUGCCGCCUCAGCACCAGGGGCAGAUCAUAGGCUCCGUCAUCAACCCCCCGGGCCCCGACGGGGUAAGCGAGGCGCUGGCGACCUUCCCGGCCGUCGACAGCAGCGCCCUCGACGAGCCCUUUUACGACGAGAGCGCCACCACGGGCAUGGACUUUGGCCUCUGGGAGGAGGGCUUCGCUUGCCCGACCAUGGACUUGGACGGCGCCGGCAGCGUCCACCUGUCCGACUUUAUCCACAGCCACGACGUCUGA